AUGUCAGUCCUCCGGCAUGGAGGAGGAGGUGGCUUCCUCCAGCGGCGCCUCACGAAACUAUAUACCGAUACGAAAACCUCCUGCGAGAGCGUUACGACAGCCUCAAAGGCCCUCGAUGAUCCUGAGCUCGUCGCCCUCCAUGGGAGUUUCCAGAAACAGAGGGAUCGCUUGCUGGCGUGGGGACUGGAUUGGAGCGACGCAAGCGCCGCGCAGCCCAACGACAUCGAUGAAUCUUUGACUGCUGCAGGCUUCAGCGAUGUCGUCGAGAGUGUCAUGUCAUCGAUCCAAGAACUCCUCAACGAUGCUGAGCAAGUCCAGCAUGUGGAUGCGCCCAUGCUUCCUUCCAAGGAACGGAAAGUCGAUAUACCAUCGAAGGAUACCCUCGCUAGCAGACCUGUUAAAACGCAAUGGACGGAGGAAGAUAUAACUCGCUCGAACAAGAUUUUGAAUGAACUCACUGGCUGCAUUGAUACCCUUUAUGAUCUCUCGCGCUCCCGGCGGACAAUGGCUUCCAGCAUGUCAUCCAGCAGGAACAGCGCGCGCCGCCCACGACCCAACCUCACCUCACCUUACGACUCAUCGCACGGUUCAUUCUCCGAUUCCAAGGAGAAAGUACAAAGCCCGAAGCAAAUGUUCGAUACAUUCACCUACUCGCCCACGACCACACACCGUGACUCCCCUAAUCCUUUCUUGCCAUUGAACCAUCUCCUCAUUGAUCGCUCAGCUCUGCAACUAUAUGGAGCGGCGCACGAUAAUAGCCCUCCUCCAUAUGAACCCGUUGCGGCAUCUUCCAACUCGCGUGCCAUUGGACGACUGAAGUCAUCGGCAUCGCAUCUUCUCGCCUCCACAAAAGAGUCUCAUGUCUCGGUGCUUGUCGAGUUUAUGCCUAUAUUGGCGGAGUCAAAAAUGGAUAACAAGAGUGCUCGACUGGAAAAGCUCCAACAGUCUCUUGAUCAGUUGCUACAGAACGCUAGAAUCUCGCACUUGGGGUUGAUGCGAUUUUUGGGCUACUGCAUUGAUAACUCGAAUUCUCGCUAUGCAUUCCUUUAUCAGAUGCCGGUCGACUACUUCCCGUUCCUACAGAAUCCGAGUGACCUAUUGAAGGAGUUAAAGCCUAAGCCAUUGGUCGCUCUUCUUCCUUCAGCAGAGGAGUACCGGGAGAAUCGAGUUCCGAACCUUGACACUCGCUUUCGAUUGGCUUACGAUCUCUUAAUGUCCGCUCUCCAUCUGAGAAGUCAAAAUGCCGUUCAUGGAAAUAUCAACAGCAGCAACGUUAUCUUCUUCCCGGGCCGAAGUGAUGCGAGUGAUGAUGAAAGUGGUCUUGUACCUGAUCUUCGCCGCCCUUAUCUCACCUCUCCGGCACGGUUCUCUGGGGAUGGACCAACCCCUGAGCCGUUGUCUUCGGCAAUGUAUCGUCACCCAGAGGACAAGAGAUGUGUUGAGGAUGAUGGCGCGUGGGCCUAUGACCUUUACUCGCUAGGCCUCAUUCUAUUAGAGAUAGGCCUGUGGGCACCAGUUGGGCGGCUUUGGAAGAUGAAGUACGACCGCUCGUGGUUCAAGCAUCGAGUGGAAGAUCUUUAUGUUAAGAAGCUCGGCCCUAAGUGCGGUGGUGCCUAUCUUCAAGCCGUUCAGUUGUGCCUUGAUGCCCCCAACUUCCAUUUAUCGACACAGCCGAUGACAGACCUUGGUCUCCGUGUCCCACAAAUUUACCACUACCCGGUACUCGACUUGUCGGACCCUGAUGGCACUUUCUCUUUUUCAAUGAAUUUCAUGUAUACAAUCUGCAAGAUACUGUGGUCAUGUUGCCGGAUUGAUAUCUUCUCGGCACCCUCGGCAGAAGAAUUGGAUGACUGCCUUCCACUCGCUCUUGUCCCCACCCCCGAACCGGUCACCAUCGAGGAUAAAGUCAGGGCAUAUAAGUCAUCGAAGCGCGAGAUGUCUAAUUAUGACAAGAAGCUUCCCACAAUUCCAGCCGAUGCAUGGAGUGCCGCGAAUGAAGAUAAACACAUUGAAAAGCCACAAAAGAAACGGACCGUCAAGAGGCUUCCGCACUUGGAAAUACCGGACGAGCACCUACAAGAGUGGAAUUUCCAAAUAAUGCCUCGAGUGAGUCGCCUUCUUCAAAAGAUCUUAAAGGAGUCCUCCGAGUCAUGUGGAGUAAACCUCAUCAUGACUGGCGAAUCGCCUGAAAGUGCCAAAACCACGAUUUGUGUUACUUGCGCCAGCGUGAAGAAAGUUCGAAUGGCCCUCAAGAAGCAUUUUGCUCUUGGUCGGGAUGACUGGGAUUUGAUUGUCCUCCGUGGCGAUAUCGAACGCUCCAAGGUUCCUCGGAACCGGCGCCGGAGACCGGCCAAAGCUCGCCCGAAUGUAUCCAAUGAUACACCCUUUCGUCAGCGAGAGCUCAAUCCAUGUCACCAGCAGCGACCUUUAUGCGGAGCAUCCAUCGGUGCUUUUCAGAACGAAGAGCACCUACCUCCCGUCUCAUAUGGUGGUGCCGUCAUCGUCGAUGGCUUACCGUAUGGCUUAACAGUACAUCAUAUGUUGGAAGCUCCUAGCGAAGAUGAGGGCCAAGACAGUGGCCCCGCAGAGUCCAACCAAGACGCCCCUUCCAGGUAUGACUAUCCAGAGGAUGACUCGUCUGACAUGAACUUCGAUUUCGAAAUUUCCGAUAUCGAGGACGGAGACGAUCCGUCACAAGGCCUUGAGUCUGGGUAUGAUGAAUUCUGGCUUUCAGAUGAAGAUUCAUCAGAUGACGACUCCAUUGGCCCCGAUGACGAUGAUGAUGACACCGCGUCUAUCGGCGAUACUGCGGGCAUUGAACCCGGCGAAGAACCUCGGCUGCUUGUCACCCAACCAGCUAUUGACGAUGUACAUGAAGACUUUUUUCCAUCUCCAGAAGAUCGCGAUGACGAGCAUCUAGCCUCACACUCCCUAGGUUAUGUUCACGCAUCAUCUGGAGUACGGCGCUGGACCCGAAAGGGUCUGAAACAUGAGAUUGACUGGGCACUUAUCAAAGUCGAUGAAGCCCGCAUGGACCCUCGCAACAUCAUUCUGGAUACUACUAGAUCAAGUAUCGCUCGUCCGGGUCGCCCUAUCCCGCCACAACCCAUAUUUCUGAACCAGGUGGCCCGGAUGGAGGAGCUAGGUGGCUUGCAAGUUCAUUGCUGUGGCCGCACAAGUGGACUUCAAACAGGGCAGAUAUCCAAGGCUAUGACAUUGGUCAAACUUCAGGGACGGCAUUCAUUCUCAACCAGCUUUUGCGUCAAUGGGAACUUCGGAGCCCCUGGCGACUCCGGCGCAUGGGUCUUCGACCGUCCCACGGGCCGUGUCUGCGGCCAUGUUCUCGCCUGGUCCGCAAAAAGCAACACCACCUACAUUUCGCCUAUGGAAGUCACCUUCGAUGACAUCGCACGCACGCUCCGCGCCUCUGUCGUCUCCCUCCCUGGCGACCCGAGCCGAUCCAUGGGUUACGUCGACCCUAACUCCCCGCAGUCCGCUCAAUACCGCUAUCAGGCACAGCGGCUGCCAGGGGACUUUGGUCGUUUGGCUUUUGGAGCUGGAGGUUCCCCCCGGUCCGCCUGUACCACCCUAUCCCCACCAUUAUCCUCGCCCUCAAGCCCACCAUCCGGCUUACGGACGUCCUCCACCUCCGCCUCCACCCCCUCCCGGCUCCCGAGAAGCCCAUGGGCCCGUGUACAGUGGCCCUGUCCCCCCAUUCCGCCGUCCCUUCUGGCUGGGCCCCGUAACAUCGAGCGACAACUUGCUUGA